GUAUAGACUUACAGUAGGCUAAGGUAAUACCUGUCGUGUAGACUGACCAGAGUCCAUGGCUGCCAAAAAAGAACAACGACUACUUGUUUCGCCUAUCAGCGGUCAUGCUUUCAACGCUGACAUGAGCAAAGUGAUAAUUUGUGACACGACCAACAUCGCGACAAUCUACCAACAAGAUGCCAAGGGUAUCUACACUAAGGAGACGGAGCUCACGAAGCACGCUGAUCGAGUCAAGAGCGUGGACUGGGCUCCCAACUCCAACCGAAUUGCUACAUGUGCCGCGGACAGAAACGCUUACAUCUGGAACCUGAACGCGGAAACUAAAGAGUGGGAACCUUCCCUAGUGUUGCUGAGGAUUGAGAGAGCUGCCACCUACAUUAGAUGGUCCCCCAAGGAAGACAGGUUCGCUGUGGGAAGUGGAGCUAGACUUCUCAGCAUCUGUUACUACGAUGAGGAGCAUGACUGGUGGGUUAGCAAGCACAUCAAGAAACCCAUUAGGUCCACAAUCCUAUGCUGUGACUGGCAUCCCAACAACUACAUAAUCGCUAUCGGAUCCUGUGACUUCAAGUGUAGAGUCUUCUCAUCUGCUUUGAAGGAGCUUGAAGACAAACCGGAAGUAUCUGGAUGGAUGUCCAAGCUGAGCAAGUUCGGUACACUUCUAGCUGAGUUUGACACAAGUGAAGGAUGGGUUCACGGGGUUAAGUUCUCUCCAUCAGGUGACAAACUGGCUUGGGUCUCACACGAUUCGUCAGUCAACGUGGUGGAUAUGAACAGCCAGGAGAAAGUGUUCCGGUGUCUAACCAAGUCUCUGCCCCUCACAACCGCCAUCUGGCUGAACGAAACCUCCGUAGUUUGCGGAGGACACGACAACUACCCCCUGUUGUACAACAUUGAGGGGGAUAAGCUAGCCCAUGGUGUUCGACUGGACAUCAAUGAGAAGAAAGCUGGUGCGGGCAUGAGUGCCAUGGCCAGGUUCAAGAAGCUAGAUGACUUGGGCACAGAUGACAAGGGAACCACAGUAACCACCACCCAUCUUAAUGCUAUCUCUGAGCUGAGAGUGACAAAGUCUGACGAAGGAAAGGUUAAGCAAUUCUCUUCUGCUGGGAUGGAUGGUAAGAUUGUUUUCUGGGACGUCGGUGUUCUGGCCUCUACUAUUACCGAGCUGAAGAUCUAAAACUGAAACAAUAUCACAGGCAAAGCCAGUCAUUUUUCUGGUAACGAGUAUUAAAGCUACCUUAAAGUACAGUCAUAUUUAUAAGUGUGCAGUGAACAAUCAACUAAUCAUUAUCAGAAUUCUUACGUCUUUUUUUCUAUGUGCAUGAAUUGAAUUUAGAAUUGAAUAAUUAUACGUAUUGGUUAAUUUUUCUAUAUUUUAUUACAGAAUAUUAUAACGUAAUAAAACAA